AAAGCUCCUUCAUGAUCUCACUUCUCCAUUCUCCUCGGCUGCAGCAGCGUGACUCACAGACCGAGCUCUGAACACCGGCAGAAUGUCGAACUACUUAUAUAACACCUAUGAGGAGAAGAUCCGUCCAUGUAUUGACCUCAUUGACUCGCUGAGGUCACUGGGGGUGGAGAAGGAUCUGGCAUUACCGGCGAUCGCUGUGAUUGGCGAUCAAAGUUCUGGCAAAAGUUCUGUUUUGGAGGCUCUGUCUGGAAUCACUCUUCCCAGAGGCAGCGGUAUUGUCACUCGGUGUCCACUGGAGCUGAAACUUAUGAAAGAUUUAAAGGAUUCCCAUUGGAGGGGAAAAAUCAGUUAUGAAUCAGUCAGUAUAGAGCUGAAUGAUCCCAUGGAAGUGGAGGAGGAGAUCAUGAAAGCUCAGGAUUUCAUGGCCGGUACAGACCUGGGGAUCAGUUCUGAGCUUAUAAGUCUUGAGGUGGUCUCUCCUGAGGUUCCUGACCUGACUAUCAUCGAUCUCCCUGGCAUUGCUAGAGUUCCUGUAGGGAACCAACCAGAUGACAUUGGAGACCAGAUCAAAAGGCUGAUUAGGAAGUAUAUCGAGAAGCAAGAAACAAUCUGUUUGGUUGUGGUGCCCUGUAACGCUGACAUUGCCACAACAGAAGCCCUCAAGAUGGCACGAGAGGUGGACCCUAGUGGGGAGAGAACUUUGGGAAUCCUAACUAAGCCUGACUUAGUUGACAAGGGAACUGAGGAAGACAUUUUGAAUGUGGUCAACAAUAAUGUAAUCCACCUGAAGAAAGGCUACAUGAUUGUGAAAUGUCGGGGACAGCAGGACAUCCAGGAUAGGCUGUCACUGAAAGAAGCCAUUAAGAAGGAGGAGAACUUUUUUAAAGACCAUCCAUUUUUCAGAGACCUUAUGCAUGAGGAGAAAGCGACCAUCCCAUAUCUAGCUCAACGACUCACAUCGGAACUCGUGGAUCACAUUAAUAAAUCACUUCCUGCACUGGAGGAUCAGAUAAAAAACAAACUUCAGAUCACAAAAGAUGAGAUGGAAAAGUGUGGAAGAGGUGUCCCGGAGGAUGAGAGCGAGAGACUGGCCUUUCUGGUGGAGAAAAUUCAGCAAUUCAACCUGGACAUUGCCUACGUUAUACAAGGAGAGGAAUUUGUGUCACUUACAAAGACCCCCAAACUUGUUGCCAGAGUUCGGACGUGCUUCAAUACUUGGCAGAACGAGUUGGAUAAGUGCAUCAUGAGGUUUAACGCCGUUCUCAAGGAUGAAAUAGAAGAAUUUGAGAAGUUUCACCGAGGAAGGGAACUUCCAGGAUUUAUUAAUUAUAAGUCGUUUGAAGCAAUCGUUAAAGAAAAGAUUGGGAACAUGGAGGAUCCCGCCAGAGAAGUGCUGAAAACCGUGACGGAAACUGUACUAAAAACAUUCAGUGAAAUUGCCAGGACACAUUUUCACAACUUCAACAAUUUUUUCAAAGUUACUAAGACUAAAAUUGAAAACCUGCGACAAUCACAAGAAGAAGCUGCAGAAAAUCUCAUCAAAAUCCAGUUUAUGAUGGAGCGAAUGGUCUACUCCCAAGACAAAUGUUACCGAUAUGAGUUGGAAACCAUCUUUAAAAAUAACCUGCCUCCGGCCAACCCUCACCAGCCUGUGGCUCAGCAGAGGCAGGUGGUAGACCUUCUCCAGUGCUCUGUCAAGGAGAUGACCUAUCACGUUGAAGCGUAUUUCAAGGGUGCUGCUGACCGGCUCGCCAAUCAAAUUCCUCUAAUCAUCCAGUUUUAUGUUUUGCAAGAAUAUGGGAAGCAACUCCAGAAGGGGAUGCUGCAGCUUCUACAAGAAAGGGAAGAACACGAGUGUCUUCUGAAAGAAAGUAAUGAUCGCACAAGCAGCAGAAGUUUCCUGAAGCACCGGAUCCAACGGUUGUCUGACGCUCAUAAACGUCUACUCAGCUUUCAGGGAUAGACAAUCUACUUAAAGUGUUACAUCCAAGAGGCCGUGUCAAUAGAUAUGACUGUAUUAUAGAUUGAAUGGAUAGGUCAUAAUGUAUGGUACAAAGGAAAAUUCCAAUACAAAGUAAAAAAUAAUUACAAUGUUUUUGGACAGUCA